CAUAACGAACAAGUAAAAGUGACUGAUCGUUGUUCAUGGCGGAAUCAAGUUAUGCAACUAUGGCUAAUUAUCCAAUUGCUGUAAUCGGAUCUCAAUAUUGUAUGCCGAACCAGGUUGAUGUUGUUAUAUCUAGGAAGGUGAAGAAAAUUAGAUAUGGAGAAUUUGUUGUUUCAGAUAUGAAUGGAAACUUCAUGUACAAAGUUAAAGGCACAACUUUUGGAUGGCAUGAUAAAAGAGUUAUUCUUGAUGCUGCAGACAAUCCCCUCAUCACUCUCAAGCAAAAGAUAUUGACUGAGCAUUCGAGAUGGAAUGCAUUUAAAGGAAAAAGCACAGAUGACAAAGACUUUUUAUUUACUAUAAAGACAACAUCCAUAUUUCAAUGGAAGACCAAAUUGGCUGUUUUCUUAGCAAAUAACAAUUCUAAGGAGAAGAAUUAUGAUUAUCUGAUUAAGGGAAGUUGGUCUGAUAGAUCAUGUGCAAUAUAUGCGGGAGAUUCUUCUACCAUAGUUGCUCAGAUGCAUAAGAAAAUUACUGACAAGAGUUUAUUAAUUGGAAAAGACAAUUUUAUGGUGACAAUGUAUCCAAACAUUGAUCAAGCCUUCAUCGUCUCCUUAAUAGUAAUUCUUGAUGCUAUCACUGAAACCGAUGCUGCUGUCAUAGGUGCCGCUGCCGAUGUAGGUGCCGCCGCUAUUGGUGUUGGUUUCUAG